CAACAAGUUUUUAAUACAAUGUAUAAUUUCGUACUUUAUUAUUGUACUCAACUUAAAUCCAAGUUAACUCACUCUGCCUCCUAACCUUACGAGACUUCUACGAGGCUGUUCAGCACUCGAGGAAUAAACAAUGAGGGCAUCAUAUCCGAAUAAUUUGAAAUGGAUACAUCAAUCAACAUGGCCUACUUAGGGCGUGAGCAUAUUGCAAAAAGGUUAAGUUGUCUAGAAGCCUGCCUAGGUAGUGAAGAGGGUGGAAGUAUGCCACACAAUCUGCCCUAGCUUCUUCCUUAUACGCAGGCAGAGUAAAACCGACUACGUCUAAAACACAUUCAUCAGAGUUUGUAUAUCAAAGGCGUUCUCGCCCUACGAGCAAUGGCGUUCUAUAGCUUGAUAGCUACCUCCAUGACACCAAGCCACAGUGUUAGAGUUCCCAAUAUAUCUCCGGCACCAAGAAAUUAUUUAUAAUAUCCAAGCCCAUGACCUUCACUGGAAUUUUCAUUAGAAUAUUCUAAUAGUUAAAUAGUGGGACUUCACUUCUAACAUACCCAAGCUUCCCAAUAUCGUUUCCAGUGUUGAUCCGCCAGCAUGUGUUCUCUCGUACGCCAGACACGAAGUGUCUUCGACUGUUUUAGAAAGGAAAUAAUGACGACACGGAACAACAAGCAAGAGGAACAGACCAAAAUGGCUGUCGUUCUGAAAAACUUGGAGCAGACCAUGGAUCCCCUCAUAGCCGCGCAAGUCUGGAACAACAAGCAUAGUCCCCUCGCUCGGUUACCGGAGGAAAUCCUGCUUCGAAUCUUCGGCUCCUUAGAUAGCCACGAUGUUGUCAGUCUAUGCUGUCUUCGACGUACCUGUAGGACGUUCCGACGCAUUAUCUACGAGCGGCACUUCUGGAGAGUCAUAUCGCCCAAGCGCACCAGAACCGGAAUGUACUCCUUCUCCGAGAAUCAUCUGGAAUUCUCCAUGACACAGGCGAAUAAACUUAAACAACUCCUACAAAUGGAUGGAAUGUGCGACAAAUGCUCUAUUUAUUGCGAUGGCCCCGUAAAGGGGAUCUCCAAGCGGAUAUUGCAUUACUGGUGCUCUGAAUAUGGUCCUACUCGGGUAUUCCAGCCUCAUUGCAAAUUUCAGGAGGGUGGAGGGCAACAUAAACAAUGCCCAUGCUGCGGCCAAGAUCAUGAAAUGGUAUCGUUUCAAAAGGUCGAAGUAUCUAAAGUCGAAGCGCGGAAGUGCCUUGGCCGGGAAGGGUCUGUAAAGCUGUGCGAGCACGUUCAUAUCUCCUGGUCCCAGAUCGAGAAACACCUGAAGAAAUGGUGUUCGUCGUCCACCACUAGGAAAGAGUGGGAAAACUGUUUUAAGGCCUUCAACGUCGAAUGCCACCAUGCGAGUCACGAUACUCGCUGCACACUUGACGGAGCUCCCACCUGGCCCCGAGCCCGUCUCGGGAGAUCCCAGCUUGAUCCAUCACGAGUGGUUCUUAUCUUGGAAUGGGAACCCCAUAGCGGCUUCGAUUCUUUCAACAUCGCAGAUGGAAAGGCACCUGCCUCAGAGUUGAGGGAGCGGUUCAAGACUUAUCGACAAGGGGCAGCCCGCCUUUUCUUGCCUGCUUACCCUUCGAACCCCUUACCCGAGAUGGUCUGCUUUGACCCUGGACGUUGUAAUUGCGUCCACUAUGCGACAGGACAGCAGGAUGAACAAUCGACCACUGAGGACCCAGAGCAGUACAGCUUCGGAAGAAAUCUCUGGUAUCAUUGCAACGCAAGUUCCCAUUCCUUGGAAAGAAACUACGGGUUGGGACACAACGGCCAACGGGUAGACCAUACAAAACACUUUCCUAUGGGAUUCGGUAAACCGACCUGUCUGGUUACCAGAUACCAGCGAGACAUCACGGUUUGCCUCACGACCGACAGCAGAAGCGGCAUCAUCCCUCCCACUCACGAGUGGUUCCACGCCAUGGACCCCGACACAUACCCCCACCCGAAUAACCCCCACGCGCUGCCUCUAUGCAAGGACGAGAAAUGCAUGAACUACUACAAGAAGCCGUACACCUACUGCGACUUCAAACGAUUGUAAGUAGUCAUUCGCUACUCUUACUUUCGUUCUUCGGUGCUAAGCUUCGGCGCUAAGAUGGACCGAGACAGGCCUCCGCGCGCGAACACCGGGCCGGGAUACCUCAUGAGAAGGAUGUACGACCUCUUAUUACUCUUAGAAGUAGCGUUGUGUUUUCUAUGUUAUUAUUAUUGUUUAUUUUUGGUACUUAGGGUGUACUUUCGACGCUUGAAGGACGCGAAACGACCAGAGGUGUCCCAUGGAAUAUCCUUGGAGGAGAUAGCAGAUCUUUUUCCAGGUGAAGGAGUUGUGCAACUCUACUCUACAUGAUUGCCUUAUGUAAGGCUGGAUCUAUGUUUGGAGUUUGGAAUUUAAAAGGCUAGUUAGGUACAUCCAUGAAUAAACAGCGACCGAGUUCAUAAUCCAAAUGACUUAGAUCAGAAUUAGGAUGACGGUAUGCUUAAGCUAUGCCUACA